AGGUCACUCUUUUCAGCCCAGAGUAAGGUGUAUGUUCAAGGAUGUCUCUCAUGGAAGGUCUUCUCCUCCAGGCUCCCAGCAGCACGGUAACACUCCUGGGGGCUGGGCUGUUUCUACUGGUCCUCUACCUCUUCUCCUCUGGUUCCAGUUCUGAGCCACAGGGGAAGGAGCCUCCAGGACCCAGACCACUACCCCUGCUUGGUAACCUGUUCCAGCUGGAUUUGAAGAGACUUUACCACACACUCUGUGAGUUGUCCAAGAAAUAUGGCUCGGUGUUCACAGUUAGUUUUGGACCCAGAAAGGUGGUGGUUCUCGCAGGCUACAGGACGGUCAAGGAAGCACUGGUCAACCAUGCGGAGGAGUUUGGAGAACGGGGCAUCUUUCCACUACCGAGGGAUCUCAACCAAGGACACGGAAUUGGAUUUGCCAAUGGAGAAUCAUGGAAAGAGUUAAGACGCUUUGCCCUGACAAACCUUCGAGACUUUGGCAUGGGCAAAAAGGGUAGCGAGGAGAAGAUCAUUGAGGAAGUUCGCUACCUGAUAGAAGUGUUUGAAGAACACAAGGGUAAAGCCUUUGACACAACCCAGCCAAUACAUUAUGCCAUCUCCAACGUAAUCUGCAGCAUUGUCUAUGGAAGCAGGUUUGAAUACUCCGAUCCCAGAUUCAGACGCUCAGUGGAACGAGUCAGAGAGUCAAUCCAACUUGGAUGAACUCGUUCAUUGCAGUUGUACAACAUGUUCCCAUGGCUGGGCUCAUUGAUGAAGUCCAAGAGUGUUGUUGCGAAAAAUGAUUAUGACAUCAAGCGGGAUAUUCAGGACCUGGUGACAGAGCUGAAGGAGACUCUCAACCCUCAGAUGUGUAGAUGCUUCAUUGACUCAUUCCUGGUCCGAAAACAGACCUUGGAGGAAUCGGGCCACAUGACCUCUCAUUACCAUGACAGAAAUCUGAUACAAAGUGUUUUCAACUUGUUUCUUGCUGGUACUGACACAACAGCAACUACAAUGCGUUGGGGUCUGCUGCUGAUGGCCAAGUACCCCAAAAUACAAGACCGGGUCCAAGAGGAGAUAAGCAGGGUUAUAGGAAGUCGUCAGCCCUUGGUAGAAGACAGGAAGAACCUGCCCUACACAGAUGCAGUGAUCCAUGAGAUCCAGAGGGUGGCCAACAUUGCUCCCAUGGCUGUUCUUCACGCCACCAGCCGAGACAUCACCUUCCAGGGAUACUUCAUCAAAAAGGGGACAUAUGUGAUUCCCCUGCUGGCAUCUGUCCUUAUGGAUGAGAGCGAAUGGGAGACUCCUCACGCCUUUAACCCCGCCCACUUCCUGAAUGAGAAAGGUCAAUUUGUCAAGAGAGAUGCCUUCAUGCCCUUCUCUGCGGGUCGUAGGGUGUGUCUGGGGGAGAGUCUGGCCAGGAUGGAGCUCUUCCUGUUCUUCACCUCCCUCUUGCAGCAUUUUCGUUUCUCUCCUCCUCCAGGAGCAACAGAGGAUGAUUUGGACCUCACACCAGUUGUGGGAGGCACCCUCAGUCCUUUACCUCACCAGCUGUGUGCUGUGACCCGGGUCUGAGAAGAGUCUGGGACAAACACUGGGUCGUCACACACUAGACACUUUCCACUCUACACAAUAUGACUAUGCUGAUAGUCAUUGUUGCUAAUCAUACACAAAUCAAAUGUCAUUGGUUGUGGACACGGUACCAAACAUUUGCUGCUUUAGCGGCACUUGUUUCCUGCAACUGCUGCCUUCUAGUGAGGUUUGCUACUCCCCAAACUCUCUCCAUUGACUAAAAGUGUCCACAUGCUGUUUACAAUAAAUGGAGCUAUGAAUUCAAUGCACACAUCAACUGCAACUGACUGUAAAUGAAUGCAUCUGUUAUUCUCAGUGUCUGUAAAUGUACUUAAUGACGUGAAUGUGAUUUUAAGAGAUGAUGGACUUUAAAGGAAUUAAAGUUUGACAAAUGUUUAUCCUCUUGAACAGAUAAGCUUGACGUUUUUUUUUUGCCUUAUUUGAUCUGCCUGAAACACACAUAUAGAGAAAGCAACAGACCUCUAAAACCUAAUAUUUACCGACUAGGACAGGAUUUGACCACGGUUUACUUUAUUGAACU